AAUGGCAAGAACUUCCUCAAUUCUCUUACCCUUUCUCUUCUACCUGGUUCCCUUUUGCUCCAUCAUACUCAUAGAUGGGGCUCAGCUAAUUCUAGUGAACAAUUGUGGGGAAAGUGUAUGGCCAGGGAUACUAGGAAGUGCUGGUCAACAAACUCCAAAAGAUGGUGGGAUUCAUCUUGGAAGUGGUGAAGAAGUAGUAUUUGAUGUACCAGAGAAGUGGUCAGGGAGAAUAUGGGGAAGGCAGGGUUGUAGCUUUGACAAUGAUGGGAAUGGACACUGUCUCACUGGUGAUUGCAAUGGGAAACUACAUUGUAGAGGGCAAGGAGGAGUUCCACCAGCAACAGUUGUUGAAAUGACACUGGGAACUUCAUCUUCUCCAUUGCAUUUCUAUGAUGUGAGUUUGGUGGAUGGUUUCAACUUGCCUGUUUCUAUGAAGCCUGUUGGAGGUGGAAUUGGGUGUGGGGUGGCUUCUUGUGAGGUGGAUUUGAAUGUUUGUUGUCCAUCAGCAUUGGAAGUGAAGAAAAAUGGUAAAGUUGUGGGGUGUAAAAGUGCAUGUUUGGCAAUGCAAUCAGCUAAGUAUUGUUGCACAGGGAGUUAUUCUGACCCCAAGACUUGCAAGCCUACCCUUUUUGCACACCUCUUUAAGGCUAUAUGCCCCAAGGCUUAUAGUUAUGCAUAUGAUGAUGUUGGCAGCCUUAACAAAUGCAGGGCUUCACGUUAUGUUAUCACUUUCUGCCCUCCUCCACAGUAA